AUGGUUUCAUCACCUGCCAUGAUCGACCCACCUUCACCAACACAAAAUGAUACACAGAGUAGUGUAUCACAAUUUCCGGAGGAGCCCGAAUGGUUGAAAACAAGACAGUUUUUAACGCAUGAUUUUUUAAAAAAGCAAACAGGUGAAUUGAAUGUUGCUCAGGGUUUUUCUCUUGAAUCACUCCCAUCAAAAGUACAGGAAUAUAUUAUUAUUGAAGAAUUAUUAAAUUGUUUGAUGGGAUUUGAAGGAAAAUAUAUUAGAUGUGUUUCACAAAUUGAAACCGAUCAAGAUUCGUAUAUGACCACUGAAGAAGGUCUUCCGAUCACUGAUAUCACAUUAUUGGAAACUUACAAAUAUUCUCUUCUUUGUGAAAUCGACUCUUCACUCCAUGAUAUGGUAAAUAGAAUAUUACCACUUUGUGAAAAACAUACAAGAGUGUCUAGUUUUUUGGAAAAAAGAUCGGGUUAUGGUAAUGGUCUUGUUUGUCAGGCAUUUUGCUCGGCACUGAGAGCUUUGGAAAAGGAAUACCUUAUGUUUAUUAAUCAAUUGGAUUUACUCUUCAAACAAGAUCAAAUAUCUCUACAAAAAUUAUACUAUCACCUUCAAACAGGUGCUUGGAAAACAAUUGAAAUUUUGGAUAGAUUGGUUGGAGAAAUAUUGAAGGAUAAUGCAAAAGGAGGUUCUUUAUUGAAUGUGCUUCAAAAUGUUUCCAGAGUAAUUAGUUCAGAUGAGAAAACUCAAAAGUUAUUCAAUUUUAUUUUUACCAAAUCGUGUGCUCCCUAUUUUGAAAUGAUAGAGUCGUGGAUUUUUAAGGGUGAAAUUGAGGAUUUAUACGAAGAAUUUUUCGUAGAAGAAAAUAAGAAUGUAAGAAAGGAACAGCUACUUGAAGAUUUUAACUCAUUAUAUUGGGAUUCCAAAUACUCCAUAACACGAGAGGUGCCAUUCUUCUUAACAAAGCUUAGUGAUAAGGUUUUAACUUGUGGUAAAUAUUUGAGUUUACUCAAAGAAUGUGGCCAGCGAGUGGAUAAACGUAUUGUAGAUAGAAUUAAUUUUGCUGAUGGGAAAGCAAUAUCAAUAAUUGAAGAAGCUCACAAUCAUGCUGCCAAGCAAGUUUUGGAUUACUUCUUUGGAGAUGUCAAAGUAAUGGAUCGUUUAAAGUCCAUUAAGUAUUAUUUUUUAUUCGAUCAUGGUGACUUUUUCGUGCACUUUAUGGACACAGCAGAACAAGAGAAUGAACUUGCCAAGAAGAGUACGGAUGUUUCGUUAUCGAAACUUCAAUCCUCGAUAGAAUUUGCUGCCAAAACUUGCUCGAUACCCAACGACGAAUAUAAGGAUAAUCUCACCUGUAGUUUGAAACCUAUGAAUUUGGCCAACUUUUUAAGUAUUAUCAAACAGCUUUCCUCAUCCAACAGACUGGAUGCAGCAGUGCUAGAACAGCAACAAUUACAAGAAUCUCCAAUUGAGGGCUAUGAAGCAUUCUGUUUAGAAUAUAAGGCAGAGUGGCCAAUGUCUCUCAUCAUCAAUAGGAAGAAUAUUACCAAAUAUCAAAUUUUAUUCAGACACUUAUUCUGCUUUAAGUAUGCAGAAAGAUGCCUCUGUAAUACUUGGAUUAAUCACAAAUUUUCAAAGGAGCUGAAAUUGGGGACAUCCUUCUCAACAUUUUAUGCAUUAAGGCACAAGAUGAUACAUUUCAUUCAACACUUUUUAUCAUAUGCUCUCAUAGAAGUUGUUGAAAAGAAUUGGGUAGAAAUGGAAAAGAAAAUCAAAACAGCAACAAGUAUAGAUGAAGUUAUCAAGAGUCACGAUCAAUUUUUGGAUUCUUCACUGAAUGGCUGUUUAGUUUCUUCCACUGAUGCCUUCAAGUGCUUGACCAAGCUUGUAUCUUGUUGCAACAGUUUUUCAAAAUACAUGAAUCAAUUCUCCACUGUAAUUAGUAAUAAUUUGAAUGAAGAUGUUCAGGAAUCAGAUGAACUAACAGAUAAAUUCGAAAGAAGACGUGAAAGAAUAGAACAAGCAUCUGAACUGGCUAAAAACACAGUCCAAGAUGACAAUUAUAGACGAGCCAUUUUAAAAUUCACCCAAGUAUUCGAGACAACCCUUAAUCAACUCAGAUCUCAUACAGCUCACAUUUUUACAUUAUCCAUGAGUUUUGACAAGGAAUCAACUCACUAUUAAGCAAAUUUAUUAAUAAUAAAUUUAAAAAUGGCGGC